CUCCAAGUGUAUUAAUUAAUAAGUUAUAAUAACGGAUGAAAUCAAAAUGUAACUUUAUUUUACCAGAUCAACAAUCAAUAUGAUUAAAUUACGAUCAAAUUACGAGCAAAUUGUUCCUAGUAUAUUAUUACCCUUGUUAAUUGUUAUCAGUUUUAAUUGUCUUCUACCAGUUGAUUCACUAUUAUAUAAGUUAAUUGGUCGUGACAGUGCCAAGGAAGCCCGAAUCGAGAAUCCUUCAUAUGGAAGGCAACAGUUAAUUGUUAAUUCAUUUAAACAGGUAGACGAUAUCGCGCUUACCUGUGGUCAGUUCAUUCACUCGAGAGGAUUUGAUCAUGAAAUUCAUUGGGUCACCACCGAAGAUGGUUAUAUCCUACAAAAUUAUCGAAUGUGGAGUAAAUAUGCCAAACAAUCAUUGGGCCAACUUAAGCCAAUUCUCUUAAUCCAUGGAUUACUUUAUUCGGGAUCAAGUUGGUUCAUGCAUUCGGAUGAUGGUUACAUUUUACCCUGGGGGCAAAACCAUCCACCGAAUGAUACAUCCAAUGGACUUGCCUUUCAUUUGGCUAAUCGAGGUUAUGAAGUUUGGCUUCUCAAUAAUCGAGGAACAACUUAUUCAACUAAUCAUACUAAAUAUAAUCCAAAAUCAAAUGCUAAAUUCUGGGAAUAUUCAUUUUAUGAGAUGGGUAUUUACGAUUUACCAGCGACAACGAAUUAUAUCAAAAAGUUCACUGGAUUUGAUAAAAUUACGCUCAUUGGUUAUUCUCAAGGAACGAUGCAAACGUUUGUUAAAUUGUCGCUCGAUCCUUCAUAUGCUUCCAAUUACGAUGUGACCAUUUUAGCGGCACCGAUCGCUUUUCUUGGAAAUAUGAAAGGCCUCGUUUCGUUGUUCCCUCGACAACCAAUUUCUUUCCGAUCAUUGGAUAUAUUAAGAUCACUCAGGAUUCCAACCUCAUUGGCUACACUUGCUGCAUCCCUUACGAUUCUGUGCCAAUCUGAGGCCAAUUUACCAACUUGUUUAGCUACAAUGGGCUCAGUAGUUGGUCCCAAUGAAGCGCAAUUAAAUUACACUCGAUUACCUGUUUAUCUAAGUGAAAUUGAUACAACAUCGGGCAAAAAUUUACUCCACUAUCUACAGACAAUGUAUCAUGAUCAAGUUCAUUUCUAUGAUUAUGGAUCAGUCGAGAAUGUAAUGAGAUAUGGAUCCAUCAGGCCACCGAAAAUCCCGUUGUCAAAUUAUCCGACCGAUAAAUUGGUUCUAAUCAGUGGAUUGAAUGAUUAUCUAUCAACUCCAGAGGACAUUCAAAAAUUGAGAAAAACUCUCAAGGGAACUCCUUUAGUUGAUCAUGUAAUUAGCGAUCCUCUCUGGAAUCAUCUUGAUUUUCAAAUUGCAAAGGAUGGAUUUAAUUGUUUCACCUCUGUAAUUGACAAAGUUUUGAAUAAUUUAUCAAAAACAACAACUAAUUUAAUCACAUCCAAUUUAGAUCACCAAAGGAUUCAAGAAGAUUUCAAACCGAACUUUUUUUGUUUUUCAAUGGACUCAUAUCGCUAUUUAUUUGUGUUUGUGCUCUUUCUUGCUCAUUUUUCCCGUUCGAAAGUUGAAUCGUAUUCAAACAAGUUCAAUAGAUCGUUUUUUGAUAAUUUCAAAGAUAUUUUUCGAGUUAUCUCGAAUGUACCUGAGAGUAAUUCGUUUCAGGAAGCAAUAAAAGAAAAUAAACUGAUUGGAACCGAACAAGCGAUUAUUGGUCCAGUUCGCAAGAAUCUAGAUGAAGCUCGAACUUGUGGACAGUUGAUAGAAUCCCGUGGGUUAAACUACGAAAUAUACUAUGUGACAACAUCGGACGGUCAUAUUCUAACAGGAUAUCAUAUACUUCAUCCAAAGUUUUUCCGAAACGCUAAACGGCCAAGGCCAUUUUUACUUCUUCAGGGUAUUUUUCUGUCAUGUGCAUUCUGGCUCCUCGAACCUGGUCCAAUAGAGUCAACAGCCUAUUAUCUAGCUGAUCGAGGUGAAGAUGUUUGGUUAAUCAACUACCAAGGAACAUCAUAUUCUCGUAAACACAAAUAUCUAAACCCUGAAUUAGAUCCUAGAUUUUACGAUUACUCUUUUUACGAAAUUGGCACAAGAAAUAUCCCAGCGACAGUUGAAUACAUAAAGAACGCCACUGGACACAGUAAGAUACGAUUUCUUGGACAUUCAAUGGGUACGAUUGACAUGCUCGUUCAUCUAUCAGUAACACCGUCGGCCUCUACCAACUAUUCGAUCGUGUUUUUGUCGUCACCGAUAGCUUUUCUCGGAGGAGUCGCUGGAAUCGCUCAGGCACUACCUCGAAGUCCGUUGUUCUUGUCCCUCAUCAGCUCACUUAUGAUGCCAUUCCCUCCCUUUUUACCAGUUACUGAUUCUAUUUUAACGGUUUUAUGCACUUUUUUCGAGCCACUUUGCUACGAAAUCAUUGGACAGAUCUUCGGCUCGAAUUUAUAUCAAGUUGACAUCUCACGUUUAUCUGUUUUCGCCAGUUAAAUUGAUACUCUAUCGGUGAAAACUAUUGUACAUCUAUUGCAAUCAAUUGCUCGAGAUCGUAUUAGCUAUUUCGACUACGGGAAAAUUAUGAACAAUCAAUUAUAUGGAUCAGAUGAAUCACCCGAUUUUCCUUUUGAAAAUAUAGAUCCAAAAAAUAUCGUCUUGUUGAGUUCUGAGAACGAUCGUCUAGCUCCACAAAGUAAUGUCCAAAAACUGAGGAACUUAUUUAAAGGAAGACCUUUGGUUGACCAUAUCAUUGACUUUCCUAAUUGGAGUCAUCUUGAUUUCAACAUGGCCAAUCAAAAUAAUGUUUAUUUAGCUGAAAUAGUUUACAAUAUAACCCAAAGAUACGAUCCCUCAGAUGUGACUCUCAAGUGAAACCAAAGAUUAUUU